UUUUGUUCCAAAAUCACCCAGUUUCAACACAAAUAUCAACAUUCCUAGCAUUUUCUGAGCUCUACAGCGUAUCGCACUGAAAAUGAAUAGAAACAACGAAGUGUCGGAACUGAUCGAUGUGGAAAAUGCGUUCUACAUCGGCAACUACCAGACGUGCAUAAACGAGUGUAACAAAUUAUCGAAACCAUCGCUCGAGAAGGAUAUCUUCAUGUACCGCUCCUAUAUAGCACAGCACAAGUAUCGAGUGGUGUUGGACGAAAUCAAGGCGACAAACGAUACGCCGCUCCUUGCCUUGCGCUAUCUGGCCGAAUACAUGUCCAAUAGUGGACGGAAGGAAGCGAUCGUGUCGAUGUUCGAUGAAAAGUUCCAAGGAGAUAUCAACGAGCUGCAUGUCGUGUGGAUCAUCGUUGGCGCUAUCAUUUACUGCAACGAGGAAACGUACGAAACGGCUAUGAAGGUGCUGGUAGGAAAUUUCAACCUCGAAUGUCUUUCCCUGCACAUGCACUGUUUGCUGAAAAUGGCUCGAGUAGAUCUGGCGAAACAGGUUGCCACAACGAUGCAGGAAAAGGAUGAUGAUGCCACACUGACGCAGCUGUCUCAAGCAUGGCUUAACAUUCAAAUCGGUGGAGAGAAGCUUCAGGAUGCAUUCUUCAUCUUUCAAGAUCUAUGCGACAAGUUUUCGCCCACGCUGCUGCUGCUAAACGGUCAAGCCGUGUGCUACAUCGGACAGCAAAAGUAUGACGAUGCGGAACAGGUACUGCGCGAAUGCUUAAAUCGUGAUCCCAACAACUACGAUACGUUGAUCAACCUGCUGGCACUGUCUCAGCAGCGGGACAAAAACAGCAGCCAGUUCAGUCGCUACCUGGCCCAAAUACUGGACGACCAUAAGGGCAGCAGCUUGGUGUCGGCAUACAACAAAAGACAGGCCGAGUUUGAUCGGCUGGUGCUACAAUUUGGUCCUUCCAAUACCAAAGCGAUCGAUGAAAUAGUCGCUUAAAGUAAACAUCUUUUAUGUGUAACACGUAUAAAUUUAAAAUGUAUUCCAACCAUCUGUACUGCCUACUAGUAGUUGGUUUUGACCACUUUAUUUUGAGUAACAUAGCAAUCUGACUAGACUUCUCCUUCGAGAAACGGCAACAUUAGGACGUUAUUUUUAGCAUCUCUUCUCUUUGCUGCUGUAACCUGUUAAGCUAAAACGAGAGAAACAAAAGCCUUUUUGAGUCACGCGAACUGAC